AUGGCUCUCUGUUCCUUUUCAGUGGUGGGCUUUGGGAUGGAUCCGGACCUUCAGUUGGAUAUCAUCACUGAGCUCGACCUCGUGAACACCACCCUUGGGGUCACGCAGGUGUCCGGACUGCACAACACCAGCGAAGCAUUUUUAUUUCAAGAUGCAGAAAGAGAGAUCCACGCAGCCCCUCAUGUGAGUGAGAAAUUAAUUCAGCUGUUCCGGAAUAAGAGUGAGUUCACCUUUCUGGCUACUGUGCAGCAGAAGCCAUCCACGUCAGGAGUGAUCCUGUCCAUUCGAGAACUGGAACACAGCUAUUUUGAGCUGGAGAGCAGUGGUCUGAGGGAUGAGAUUCGCUAUCACUACAUGCACAGUGGGAGGCCCCGGACAGAGGUGCUUCCGUACCGGCUGGCCGAUGGGCAGUGGCACAGGGUUGCACUGUCAGUCAGCGCCUCCCGUCUCCUCCUCCACAUCGACUGCAACAGGAUUUAUGAACGUGUGAUAGACCCUCCUGAGACCAACCUUCCCCCUGGAAGCAAUUUGUGGCUUGGUCAGCGCAACCAAAAGCAUGGUUUAUUCAAAGGGAUUAUCCAAGAUGGGAAAAUCAUCUUCAUGCCAAAUGGAUAUAUAACACAGUGUCCAAACCUGAAUCGCACUUGCCCAACUUGCAGUGAUUUCUUAAGCCUGGUGCAAGGAAUAAUGGAUUUACAAGAGCUUUUGGCCAAGAUGACUGCAAAACUGAACUAUGCAGAAACAAGACUUAGUCAGUUGGAAAACUGUCACUGUGAGAAGACCUGUCAAGUGAGUGGACUGCUCUAUAGAGACCAAGACUCCUGGGUCGACGGUGAUCAUUGCAGGAACUGCACAUGCAAAAGCGGGUCUGUAGAAUGCCGAAGGAUGUCCUGUCUCCCCCUCAACUGCUCUCCAGACUCCCUCCCCGUGCACAUCGCCGGCGAAUGCUGUAAGGUCUGCCGCCCAAAAUGUAUCUAUGGAGGAAAAGUCCUCGCAGAAGGCCAGCGGAUUUUAAGCAAGAGCUGUCAGGAAUGCAGAGGUGGAGUUUUAGUAAAAAUUACCGAAGCAUGCCCUCUUUUGAACUGCUCAGAAAAGGAUCACAUUCUCCCGGAGAAUCAGUGCUGCAGUGUCUGCAGAGGUCAUAACUUUUGUGCUGAAGGACCUAAAUGUGGUGAAAACUCAGAGUGCAAAAACUGGAAUACCAAAGCUACUUGUGAGUGCAAGAAUGGUUACAUUUCUGUCCAGGGAGACUCUGCCUACUGUGAAGAUAUCGAUGAGUGUGCAGCUAAGAUGCAUUACUGUCAUGCCAACACUGUAUGUGUCAACCUGCCUGGGUUAUAUCGCUGUGACUGUGUCCCAGGAUACAUUCGUGUGGAUGACUUCUCUUGUACAGAGCACGACGACUGUGGCAGCGGGCAGCACCACUGCGAUGAGAAUGCCAUCUGCACCAACACUGUCCAGGGACACAGCUGCACCUGCAAGCCGGGCUACGUGGGCAACGGGACCAUCUGCAGAGCAUUCUGCGAAGAGGGCUGCAGAUACGGUGGAACAUGCAUGGCUCCCAACAAAUGUGUCUGUCCUUCUGGAUUCACAGGAAGCCACUGCGAGAAAGAUAUUGAUGAAUGUGCAGAGGGGAUCAUUGAGUGCCACAGCCAUUCUCGCUGCGUUAACCUACCAGGGUGGUACCACUGUGAGUGCAGAAGCGGUUUCCAUGACGAUGGGACCUAUUCACUGUCCGGGGAGUCCUGUAUUGACAUUGAUGAAUGUGCCUUAAGAACCCAUACCUGUUGGAAUGAUUCUGCCUGCAUCAACCUGGCAGGGGGCUUCGACUGCCUCUGUCCCUCUGGGCCCUCCUGCUCUGGUGACUGCCCCCAUGAAGGAGGGCUGAAGCGCAAUGGGCAGGUGUGGACUCUGAAAGAAGACAGGUGUUCCGUCUGUUCCUGCAAGGAUGGGAAGAUAUUCUGCCGGCGGACAGCAUGUGAUUGCCAGAAUCCAAGCGUUGACCUUUUCUGCUGCCCAGAGUGUGACACCAGGGUCACAAGCCAAUGUUUGGAUCAAAAUGGAAACAAGCUCUAUCGGAGUGGAGACAACUGGACUCACAGCUGCCAGCAGUGCCGCUGUCUGGAAGGAGAGGUAGAUUGCUGGCCGCUCACUUGCCCCAGUUUGAGCUGUGAGUACACAACUAUCCUGGAAGGGGAAUGUUGUCCCCGCUGUGUCAGUGACCCCUGCCUGGCUGAUAAUAUCGCCUAUGACAUCAGAAAAACUUGUCUGGACAGCUAUGGCCUUUCAAGGCUUAGCGGCUCAGUGUGGACAAUGGCUGGAUCUCCAUGCACAACCUGCAAAUGCAAGAAUGGAAGUGUCUGCUGUUCUGUGGAUCUGGAGUGUCUUCAUAAUAAUUGA